AUGAAAAAGGGAGGGCGAAAAUUUAGCGCGCUUGUGGUGGACGACGACCAAGUGAUCCGUAACUUUGAGGAGAAGUUGUUGGCGAGAUUCGAACUUGAGACAAAAGUAGUGAAAAAUGGGGAGGAAGCUUUGAAAUUGUUCCGUGAGGGGUAUACUUUUGAUGUUGUUGUCAUGGACAUGGAGAUGCCCGUUAAGAAUGGGCCCGAGUGGUACGGUGGCACGUGCAGGCCACUCGUGCAGGCCACUCGCGCGUUGCGAGCAAUGGGGGUGGACUGCAUGAUCGUCGGGGUGACUUCCCGUGGUGACGGACCCGAGAAGGCAGAGUUGGAGGCCGCCGGUUUGAAUUGCUGUUGGGAGAAGCCGUUGAACGAUAAGAUAGUCCGGACAAUCCUCGACGAGUUGGCCAAGAAAUCGUCUUGA